AUGGCUUGUUUUAUCACAAGACAUAAUAAACCAGAAAGUCUAUUAAUUGUUGAUGAAGCUGUAACAGCUGCUCUGUGUGCAGAACAUAUGUCUCCUGAAAUUGAACUGAAGAAAAGUAGACUUUACAUGAUAUGCGAUGCUUGUGGCGGAACCGUAGAUCUUGCCAUAUUUGAAAAAGAAAAUUUACUUGGAAUACAUGGCUUAAAAGAAGUCACCAUUGGAACCAGUAAAUUUUGUGGAUCCACUUUUGUGGACUCUCGGUUUACGGAUCUAGUAUAUAAAAAAGAACCGCCUAGUAAACAUGUUAUCAGCAAGUACGAGAUCACCGAAGAUUUCAAAAACAAUAUAAAGAUAUAUAAUGACAAUAAUAAUAAUACAUGA